AUGAAUAAGAUCUGGAAAAGCAGAAAUAUUGAUAAAUACAAAAAGCAGGCUAGUCUUCCUUAUGUAUGGACACUAAGAAUGGCUGAUCGAAGAAUUGGCCAUGGGCAAAGUGAAGGAGACCGUAUGGUUGUGUCCGACUUUCACGUGUUUGUCAGAGACAGCUUGCAGCACAUAGAUCUUAUGAAGAAGGAUCAUCCAGGUGUUCCUAUGUUCCUUCUGGGGCACUCCAUGGGAGGAGCCAUUGCCAUCCUCACCGCGUGUGAAAGACCAAAUGACUUUUCAGGCAUGGUAUUAAUUUCUCCUUUAGUAGUUGCAAGCCCUGAUGUAGCGACACCGAUCAAGGUAUUUGCAGCUAAAAUACUUAACUUUGUCCUGCCAAACUUGUCUCUGGGAUCUAUUGACCCAAAUGUCAUUUCCCGGAAUAAGAAAGAGGUUGAAACUUACCGUUCAGACCCUCUGGUCUGUCAUGGUGGCAUGAAAGUCUCCUUUGUCAUUCAGCUGCUGAAUGCUAUUGCCAAAAUAGAGCGCUCUCUCCCUAAACUGUUUCUCCCCAUCUUGGUGCUCCAUGGUUCACCGGACAAACUCUGCGACAUCCGAGGGUCUUACUUGUUGAUGGAUACUGCCCCAAGUCAGGAUAAAACAUUCAAGGUAUAUGACGAAGCCUUCCAUGCUCUCCACAAAGAGCUUCCUGAUGUGACUACUUCUGUUUUUAAAGAAAUAGAAACAUGGAUUGGCCAGAAAGCAGCUGAGGAAGCCCACCAAUCUAAGCAAAAGCCACUCUGAAACCCUGUGUCUGGUGGUUGGGGUAUACUGGGAAGGGUUCUUUUUGUUUUAACAGCCUCUCUUUGAGGGGAAAGGUCUUAUAGGGGCUCCUGAAUUAACUUAUUUUUUACAAGAAAUUGCUGUGUUACCUGGCGUGGGAUGGGAGGAGAAUGCCAUGCUCCAUUUAAAGCAGUUAUUCCACAGAGGAAAGAACUAGCAAGGACAUUAGUGUGGACUUUACAGCUGGGAGUGCCAUUGUAUUAAAGGACUUUGUCCAGUCUUUCGCCAAACCUAGUUUUUUGGUUUUCCCAAGGAGUUCCUGAGGUGCUGAGGUAAUUUUUUAUAUUGCAAUAAUUUUUGGAAUGUUUCAAAGUUUGGCAUCUUCCACAGCAUUCUAUUUUUACUCUUGCCAGAUUUUAAUUCUUCCCUC